CCGUCAGAGACAAGAACUACUCUUGGGAGAUAACUGGGCAUCGUAUAGCAUCGAACGUGCGCUCGAAGAUUGCAAUUGCGCCCAUCAAGGAAGUGCGGAUCUUGUCAUUGGGGUGGUCAUCACGCGCGGCACUUUAUGCUUGGGAAUUUACCAAUCUAUCUCUUCAAUCGCACGCCUGCAACACACAAUCUCUUGCCGCAUCGUUCUCGACAGAAUACGGGAUUACGUACCGUUUUUCCCAGUCUCUCCGAACCCUAUCGUCUCUACCUCAAGUUAUCGUAUCAACAAUUCCAGCUACGGCAGAUGUCGAGAUAUCAAGAGAAUAUUUAAAUUUACCGAUAUAG